AGAUUAGCGGCCGAGCUCCUAGACGAUUUGUUUGACACGUCUGUUUAUAGUCAAACAGGUUCCAUCCCUACUAUAUAUAUUUCUCUUCGCAUCACUUUCUCAGAAGUUGGGUUCACUGAGAAGGCAUUGGUGCUCCAAAGCUAUCUACUCACAGAAGGCCAAGAAGAAUGGACAAUGGAGUGGAGGAAAGGCUUCUUGGAUUAGAAGAGCAAGAGGAAAGUAAUAUUAAACAAAGGAUAUGGGUGGAGUUAAAAAUUAUGUGGAGGAUAGCAUUUCCUGCCAUAUUGGCUAGAAUUUCUUCUUUUGGAAUGAUAGUGGUGACACAAAGUUUCAUUGGACAUGUUAGUGAACUGGAUCUUGCUGCAUAUGCACUUGUACAAAGUCUCAUUUUGCGAUUUUCAAAUGGGAUUCUGUUGGGCAUGUCAAGUGCGACUGAGACAUUAUGUGGGCAAGCAUUUGGAGCCGGACAAUACCACAUGAUGGGUAUUUACUUGCAAAGAUCAUGGAUCGUUGAUGUUACAACAGCAACAAUUCUGGUCCCUCUCUUCGUCUUCACAACUCCCCUCUUUAGACUAUUUGGUGAGGAAGAAGAUAUAGCAGUAGAAUCUGGACCUAUCGCCUUAUGGAUGAUUGCUAUUAUCUACUCCUUUGUUUUUGCCUUGACUAUCCAGAUGUUCUUACAAGCGCAGCUGAAGAACUUGAUUGUCGGAUGUCUAGCUGCUUCCUCGUUUGUUAUUCAUAUUCUCCUGUCUUGGAUAUUCGUUGAAAUACUUGACUUGGAGGUUGCUGGUGCCAUGGGUGCUUACUGCAUGUCCAGUUGGUUAAUGGUGUUAGGAGAGUAUGUGUACGUCUUUGGAGGUUGGUGCCCAAAUACGUGGAAAGGAUUCACAAAAGCUGCCUUCUAUGAUAUAUUGCCUGUAAUAAAGCUCUCAAUAUCCUCUGGCGUCAUGCUUUGUUUAGAGCUGUGGUACAAUUCUGUUCUAGUUCUGUUCGCCGGAUAUUUGAAAAAUGCAACGGUGGCGAUCACAGCUUUCUCCAUCUGCCUCAAUAUCUGUGCAUGGGAAUUUAUGAUAUCCCUCGGAUUCUUAGGUUCUGCAUGUGUACGCGUAUCAAAUGAGCUUGGGAAAGGAAAUGCUAAAGCUGCAAAAUUUUCCAUCAAAGUUGUCCUCGGUAUUUCAAUUUGCAUUGGAGUGAUUUUUUUCGUCGUUUGUUUAGCUUUUGGGAAACAAAUUUCAUACAUUUUUACAAGCGACGAAGAGAUUGCAGAAGAAGUUUCAAGUCUCUCUACUUUACUUGCUUUCUCAAUCUUACUAAAUAGUGUUCAACCAGUACUUUUAGGUGUGGCUAUAGGUGCUGGUUUUCAAGGUACUGUUGCAUGGAUUAACAUUGGCUCCUAUUAUGUUUUUGGCGUACCGUUGGCUUUGUUGCUUGGUUAUGUUGCCGGUCUUCAAGUAAAGGGCUUGUGGAUUGGGUUGUUAGCCGGGGUGCUGAUGCAAACAUUUGUGCUUUCCAUCGUCAUAUGGAGACUCGAUUGGGAUGACCAGGUUAAAAAGGCAUCUGAGCGUCUCAAUAAGUGGUUUCUAAAUACAGAGGAAACUAAUUAGAUCAUCAGCUCCGACAAUUCUACAUGUACUUGGAUAUUAUCCUUGAUCUCGGUGAUUACAACAUAAGUUCUAACUUCUAAGAUGGUAAAUUAAUUGGGCUAAUUACUCAAAUUUCAUACAUUUUUGCUUAUUUUUUCCCUCUUUCUAUAUAAUAUACUGGUGGGUCCAGAUUUUUUAC